AGGCGCUUAGUAAAGUCUCUUCUCAAGAAUGGUGCCGGAGGAGAAGAGUGACAGGGAGGAGGGGGAGGAGCCUAGCCGAGGGGGCGUGGCCUCGGAAGAGGAGGAGGAGCCAGAGCUGGUGUGCGGCAUCUGUUGCAUGCCGUUCGACCGUUGCGGGCGCGCGCCCCGCCGGCUCGGGGGCGCGCGGGGCUCCUGGAAGCCCUCGCGCUGCCGUCACGUGAUCUGCAGCGCGUGCGUGUGCCAGCUGGCGCGGGAGGGCUGGUGGGAGAAGGUCACGUGCCCUUACUGCCGGGCUGUCACUCACUUGAGGGAGAGGAGCCACCCGCUGGUGGCCGGCGUCCGGAGGGGGAGCGGCGCCGGGAGGAGGCGCCUGGUCCUGCCGCCCAUCGACGCCGAGCUCUGGCACCGCGUCGCCCGCCGGCAGGAGGAGGAAGAAGCGGCCCGAAGAGGCGGCGGAGAAGCGAAGGAGGAGCCGGAGAAAGUGAACGAGGCCUCUGAGGAGAAAGAAGAGGACGACGGCGAGGGGCAAUGGCGGCUCUGGAGGGCCCUCAAGAAACUCGUGAAGGGAGGCAGCCGGGCGCAUGCGCAGAGCUGGAGGGGGCGUGGCCGGAGCAGCUCCCUGGAGGCGGGGCGAUGGAGGAGGGCGGAGCCUAUCAACCGUGAGUGGCCCUCCCUCUACCUCUCCCUCCCUAACUUCCUACGGGCCUGACAUGAAGGACUUGGCGCUCAUGACUUGCUACAUCAUCUGAAGGAAUGUGGAAGGCUUGACACAACCAAGCUGAUGACAUGGUGCCUUAGGAGAAUGUACCCUCCUUGCCAUUUACAAGUUUUGGUGAAGCUGGGCCUUGGCUACUCCCAGAGUGUUCCUUCCCUGCAACAUCUGGAGGAUGCCAGAGGUUGAUGAACCCUCUGGCUGUCGGGUUGCCACACGUGAAAGAGUCUUUCAUCCCUGGUCCGUCAUUUUCUGAUAUAUGAAAUGCAACAGGAGUUGGGAGAUGAAACAGAAAGAGGAGGAAAGGCUAAUACAUCAUGUCCAGUCAUAUGGGAUGCUAGUUGACUUCUCUUUCAAGAAGAAUCCAAGAGUAUUUCUAUUAUUUCUUCGCAGAUAAUUUGUCCUGUGUAUUUACAUGCCAUAUUUAAAUUUUGUCCCCUCCCCGAUAAACUUUCCUAUCGCCUGUUCAUAAAUGUUUGGAAAAGCAUUUGAAAUUGACCAGAUUUGUAUGUUUAAAUCUAGUGAACUCUUAUUUCUGGCUCUAAGGAGGGAGAAGGAUAGAGGUGGUUUCUUUAAAUCCUUAUUUGUGUGAAUAUCCUGCUUUCCUUACCUCUGCCUUGAAAGAAAAUGUUUUACGUUUUUCUUUCCCCCCACUUAAUUGAGAAGUCAAACAAGCCGGACAAACAUGGUGUUUCAUAUUAUUUAUUUAGGAGCGGUAUUGAGUCUGAAAUAAAAUAGAGGCGGUUCCUGUUUAGAUGGGGCUAUUGUCUCACACAUGUUGCCUUGUUUGCUUAUUAAUUAGAUGCACUAGGAAGAGAUAAGAAAUGCUUCAUUGCUAAGCCACAGAGGCCUCUUGUCUUGGGAUUGGCAUUCAAGCCAGCCAGAUGGUUUUAUUUCAGGCACAUAAUGGAGUUCUAUAGCUUUGUGUGGUGUUGGCUUGGUCGUCAAGAUGCCCUUUUUUCUGUCUUCUUCGUUACAAAUGAAAUGUGUUUACAGACUGUAUUUUCAAAAUCUCACAUUUGAGGUGUUUGUGAAGGAUAGUUGGACCUUCCUGCAUAGUAUUUCUUGCCAGAAAGAAUGAGUUUUCAAUGAUGGUUCCUGUUUUGAUAAGUAUUUUUGUGAAAUAUACUAGGACUACAUAACAAUUUUGUAUUUAAUCCUUGUUCAAAUGUCUUAAUUGUUUUGUUAUUGUAACUUAUUUGAAUUUUAAUAAAAACCUGAGAUUUGUAAUA